AUGGAAGAUGACGAUUUCAUCAUAAAAGAUAAAAAAGUAAAUUAUGAAACGUGUAGCACAGAAACGAUCGCUUCCUAUAUUUCUAUAAAUGAAAAGUGUCAACUGAUAGAAAAGGAAAUAAAUGAAGAUGAAAGUGAUAAUCCUUAUUUGAUAUUCAAUAAAAUAUCAUCCAGUUUAAUAGCUAUGUUACAAGGAGUAGAAGUUUUGUGUAAUCUUUCUAUUAUAUAUCUGUUGAAAGAUAAUUAUCAUUUACACCCAGCUUCACUUAGUAUCGUUAUGUGCUUUAUAAAAAUUCCAUGGUCAGUUAAAUUAAUAUGGGCUGUGAUAUCAGAUAAUUAUCCAAUAUUUGGAUAUAGAAGAAAAUAUUAUUUAUUAUUAGGAUCUUUUUUAUGUAUAUUAUCAUUAAUAUGUCUAGGUUUAAUUACUCAUAAUAAUUUAAUUAUAACCAUAUUUUUAUUGUUUAUAUAUUUUUUUGGAAGUUCUCUUUGUAAUGUGAUAGGAGAAGCUCAAGUAGUAGAAUCGAACAGAAACUGUUCUAUAAACGGCUCUGCUAAAAAUGUGUCUCUUUUUUUUGCCUUUAGAAAAUUAAGCUUUGCUAUCAUGUCUUAUUUAUCAGGAUAUUUAUUAUUACAUAUGAGUAAGAAGCACAUAUUUUUAAUUGGAUCUUUUUUACCCUUAUGUGUAUUUACUUCAG